UCACACUUCACUCAUCCAUCCCUCCAGCAAACAAGCUUCUUUUGAGUCUCUCAUUGCUUCCCAGUUUUCAUUUCCCUAAAGCAAUGGCUUACUCCAAGACGUUUCUCCUUCUGGGUCUUCUAUUCGCUGUUGUCCUUAUCCUCUCCUCUGAGGUGUCGGCCAGAGAGCUAGCCGAGGCUGCACAUACCCAAGGGAGUGUGGAAGACGCUAAGCACUGGGGACAUGGGCAUGGCCAUGGACAUGAACACGAGCAUGGCCACUGGGGACAUGAACAUGGGCACGGCCACGGCCAUGGGCAUGGGCAUGGGCAUGGGCAUGGGCAUGGACACCACGGCCAUGGUGGUGCUGGUGAGUCUGUGGAGAAUGAAACUGAAGCUGGCGAGAAUUAGAUAACAUUUGUAGCUGCUGUAUUUUCACGCCCAUGGGUGGAAGUAGGUUGUGUGGUUUAUGUGAGUUUGUAUGUGAAUAAGGCAUGUGCUUGUCAGUGGUUGCCACCAUUAAUGUUCCUCUAGGAAGAUGGUUGUGUUGCUUUGACAAGAUGUUAAAGCAUGUGUGAAACUUGCAGAUGUCAACUUAAUUAUUGCCCUGAAAUUAGAACUUUUUCCAAGUCCUUUGUCUCUAUUUUAGGUUGGGUGCAGAUAAAAGCUGCAAAGUAAGCAAAAUAAGUAAAGUAAAAGCAGAAAGAUCAAACAGGAUUUCUCUGCAUAAUUAAGUAUCUCCAUUGAUCUUUUUUAAAUGAAGACUAAAUAUUUGUGGGUUCA